AUGAGUGCUCUCCUGAUUCUGGCCCUUGUGGGAGCUGCUGUUGCUUUUCCUGUUGAUGAUGACAAGAUCGUCGGAGGAUACACUUGCAGCGAGAAUUCUGUUCCCUACCAGGUGUCUCUGAACUCUGGGUACCACUUUUGUGGAGGUUCCCUCAUCAAUAACGAGUGGGUGGUGUCUGCAGCUCAUUGCUACAUGACAAUAAUGAACUCCAAGGUUUCAGAAAUACACCGCAUCCAAGUGAGGCUGGGAGAACACAACAUUAACCUCCUGGAAGGCAAUGAGCAGUUCAUCACUGCCUCCAAGAGCAUUAGGCACCCCAACUAUAGUUCAAGAACCCUGGACAACGACAUCAUGCUGAUCAAGCUCUCGUCCCCUGUGGCCCUCAAUGCCCGAGUGGCCCCAGUAGCUCUGCCCACCUCCUGUGCACCUGCUGGCACUCAGUGCCUCAUCUCUGGCUGGGGCAACACUCUCAGCUUCGGUGUGAAUAACCCAGACCUGCUCCAGUGCCUGGAUGCCCCACUGCUGUCUCAGGCUGACUGUGAAGCCGCCUACCCUGGAGAAAUCACCAAUAACAUGGUCUGUGCUGGCUUCCUGGAGGGAGGCAAAGAUUCCUGCCAGGGUGACUCUGGCGGCCCUGUGGUCUGCAAUGGAGAGCUGCAGGGCAUUGUCUCCUGGGGUUAUGGCUGUGCCCUGGCAGGAAGUCCUGGUGUGUACACCAAGGUCUGCAACUAUGUGGACUGGAUUCAGAACACAAUUGCUGCCAACUAA